GCCGUCCCGCCGCAGCGUCUCCAAGUGCCGGCGGGGGGCGAGGAGGGGCAGCGGGGGCAGCCACGCGGGUGCCCUGGGCCCGGACGCGGCCCUCGCCAGCCGGGGGCAUCGGCCGGCCGCACACUCCCGGGCGGGCUCGCGCCUCCCCCCGAGGCCACUGCUCCGCGCCGCGCCGCGCCGGGACGAGCACGGCCGGGACCGCUCCCCGCCCGACGGGACCGCUCCCCGCCCGUGCCCGUGCGCGGCGGCCGGGGGACUCCGGGCGGGACAACGGCAGCCCCCAGCCCCGCUCCGCCCGCUGCGGGGGGAGGCCUCCCCGGCCCGGGGCGCCGGCACCGCCGGGGGCGGGAAGGGCCGAGCACGCAGGUGCCCUGGCGGGUCCGUCCGUCCCGUGCGGGCCGUGCGGGAGCGCAGCGGGGCGGGCCCAGGUGUUGCGGGGCGGGGCGGGGCGGAGCGGGGCGGGCAGGUGCGGCAUGGCGGAGCCGGCAGAGCGGAGGCCGCGGCCGCAGUGCCCCCGGGAGGCCGAGCACGGCCGGGCCCCACGCUCCGCGCCCCCCGCCGCGCCGCGCCGCGCCCCCGGCCCCGGCCCCGGCCCCGGCUCAGGUUCACACGCGGGGUCCCGGCUGGGCUGGGAGGCGCCGCCGCCGAGCGCCGCGCUGCUGGACUGCCCCCGCGCCCGCUACCUGUGCACGGCCCGAGCCUGCUGCCAGAUGGUGGAGGCACUGCUGGGCCUGCUGAUCCUGGUCUGCAGCUCCGUGUCCUACGGCUCCGCGGGUGGCUACACCGGCAUCCCAGACCUGGGCAGCAUCUACUACUACCAGUACGGGGGUGCCUUCAGCGGCUUCAGUGGGCCGGAUGGGGUGCGUGCCCGGGAGCUCGACGCCCAGUUCCACCGCAUGAAGCUGCCCAUUGCCAGGGCCUCGAUGGCGGUGGGGGGGGCCCUGAUGGCCCUCACCCUCCUCCUGGUGCUGCUGGGGGCCCUGCGGCUGCCCUGGCGCUGCCCUGCCUGGCUGCUGCUGGAGUGUGUGCUGGACGUGCUGCUGGCGCUGGGCCUUCUGCCCGCCCUGUACUUCUAUUUCCACCAGCUGCAGACCGUCUACGCCUCCCCGCUGUGCAAGGAGCGGGAGCAGCUCUACCAGAGCAAGGGCUACCAGGGGUUCAGCUGCAGCCUGCAUGGGGCGGACAUCGCUGCCGGACUCUUUGGCUGCGUGGCGGCCCUGGUGUUCGCGCUGAGUGCCGGCCUGGCCGUGCGGGGCUUCCGCACUGUCCGCCGGCUGCAGGAGAAGCCGGCACAUGCCUACGAGCUCUAGAGCAGCUGCGCUGCAGCCACGAGGACAGGGUCUCCCUGCCAGGCCACAGCAACCCGGUGCUGCUUUUCAAACAUGUGCCUCUCCUGUGAGACUGACCCUGGACCCUCUGCCCAUCAGAGUGGCGGCCUGGCAGACCCCUGCCUUGCAGACAGCUUGCUCCUCCCCUCCCUGGCAGCUCUUCCCCAGCCGAGGAGUCCAGCCCUAGCCUGGGACUCAGCUCUGCUCGGGGCUGGGGCUGUGCCCCUCGCUUAACCUUAAAUAAAGGGAGCUGGAAUUCA